AAACUGACCAUUAACUGGACUGGUUUGACCAACCUGCUGGACGUUCCAGGGCUCAAUGUGAUGUCAGAUACUAUGAUCAUGGACGCGAUCGCUUCAUUCCUGGUUCUGCCCAAUCGUCUCACUGUUCCUCUAGUGGCAGACCUGCAUGUUGCGCAGCUGCGGUGCCCUUUACCCAGGGGAGUUGUGCGGAUUCACCUGCUGGAGGCUGAUGGUCUGGCUUCGAAGGAUAACUAUGUGAAGGGUGUGAUGGUGAGCAUGUCUGACCCAUACGCCCUGCUCAGAGUCGGGCCGCAAACCUUCAAAUCCCGCCAUCUGGACAACACACUCAAUCCCAAAUGGGAUGAAAUGUAUGAGGUCAUCGCUCAUGAGGUGCCUGGUCAGGAGCUAGAGGUGGAAGUGUUUGAUAAAGAUCCUGAUCAUGAUGAUUUCCUGGGCAGGACAAAAUUAGAUUUGGGGAUUGUGAAGAAAUCUAAAAUAGUGGAUGAGUGGUUCACCUUGAAGGACACCCCUACAGGACGGGUUCAUCUCAGACUUGAGUGGCUGACACUAGAAGCAGACACAGAAAGACUGGAAGAGGUUCUGAAGAGAAAUGAAAAUGUGGUGAGUCAAACAGCAAAGCCUCCCUCAGCAGCCAUCUUGGCAGUGUAUCUGGACAAGGCUGAGGCACUUCCUGUGAGUAAUACUCUCACAUCCUCUUCCUGCUGCACUCUUUGUUCUAACACACACACACCACACUAUAAUUUGGGCACAAAAUUCUCCCCACAGGUGUCCUAA